CUCUCUCCGCUCCUCAGUCGCUUUUACUUACAAUCGCCAUAUUGGUUGCUCGGAUGACUUGGUGGUUUUUUUCUUUAGGACUUACUACGAGACGGGAGUGACUUCUUCUUCUCCAGAGCUGCACACUUUCACAUUGUUCCUUGUGCCACACUGACUGCAUUGCUUUUCCGCGGGUUUGUUUUUUGUUUUGUUUUUGUGGCAUGCCUGCUGCUCUGAUGCUUAUUCGUUGUCUUAUCGGUUUUUAUUACAGGAACAGUCUAGUUAGGUGUUUGUGAUCUGUAUCCUCGACAGCAGCGAGCCUACGUGUUUGUUUUCGUACCGAGUUUCAUGUGGCAAAAUGUCGGACGUGCGUCUUUCUAAUGGAAGUCCGCCGCUGGAGCGUGUGGACCCGAGACCGGAGGGACACACCAAGCCGUCGGUGUGCAAGAACCUGUUCGGCUCGCCGGACCCGGAGGAAGUAAAACGAACGUAUCUGGAAGAGUUGCAGAAGUCGGAAGCGGCGUUCAGGGAGAAGUAUAACUUCGAUGUUGUGAACGACAAGCCGCUUGAGCCCGGCAGGUUCGAGUGGGAGCCGGUGGACGCCGGAGACGCGCCCGAGGUUUACAGCAGGCCGUCGCGUGCAAACAAACGGGUGGAUCUUAACGGGAGUCAGACGGACUGCCAAAAAACGCCAAACGCGGCGAAGAAAAGACCUUCUCUGGAGGACGCGGAUUCUGUACGGCAGAGUAAAAGAGUGAACCAUGGAGAGGAAGACAGCAGCAGUCAAGACAGAGCAGAGCAGACACCCAGAAAAUCAGAUCCCAACACAUAAAAACAACAGGACACCUGCAAGCAAAGAGAGAUGAAGAAUGUGCAUUUCUCCAUCAAAGAGCUUUAUGAAGUAAACAGGGACAGCAGCAAAUGAGAAGAGCAUUUCCUUUUCGAAGGAUGUGUAAGGCAGUAGAAGCACUGAUUUUUUUUUUUUAUACUUUUUUUUUUUUUUGAAACUACACUAAAGUUUUGGCACUCAAAAAAGACAUUUGCCUCAAAAGCAGACAAUGUAGCAGUGUGCAGAUGGUGUUUCCUUUUUGCUUUUGUCUUUACUACCUAUGUAUAUAAUUAUAUGUAGCAUAUUACAUUAUAACAUUAUGAUGAGAGAAAUCGUAUAGUCUGAAUGACUUGAAGAAUUGCUGUGCAGUUUUCAAAACAACCCCCAGUAAUCCUCCCAACAAUAAAAAGGAUGUUUUAUUAACUUAAAUAAAGCGUCAGUAUUGUCAGGGUUUAAAACAUUACAAGUUCUAGCAAUUUAAAAAUAAUUGCACAGAACUGUGGUCCUCCAUUAAGAGCACCCAUAGAAAAAGGUUCACAGUUGAAAGAGAACUGGUGUCGACCCAUUUGAGACAUCAGCAGAUAAACGAUUUUUUAAUUAUUGGUGAUACUAUUGAGGAGUGUAUGGUACUUUAUGUGAAGUUUAUUUAAAAAUCUGCCAAAGUUGCAAUACAUUCAGGCAGGGAUAUUCCUUUUUCUAGGGUGUGGUUUUUAUGGUUUUGACAGUGUUUCACAGUAUUAUAAUAUCCCUGGGUUUUUCCAGUAGUUUCCUCCCUAGAUUGUUUUGAAUUUGCUUAUGAAACACAAAAUCUACUGAGUAAAAUAAUUUUUAGAAAGGAAACUGAAAUUAACAGCAAAUUCUUUUGUCACAUUUCAUGUUUUUUUUUUCUCCUCCUUGCAUCGCUGUGUAGCAAAUUUUGUAGAUUUUAUUUUUUUAAACACUGGUCCAGGUUUGUAAGUAAACCCUGUCCUUUGCAAUCACAAAAUGGUAUUCAUGUUGAACAUGAUGUUCCACUGUGUUGUGUCCCGUCCCCUGUCCCCCCCCCCCCCCCCCCC